AUGGACACUAAGUCUCACAGCAAAGGGCCUUUGAUUUGGCUACAGAGAUCUCAAGAAGUGAAUGGAACACAAGCUAGCAGUGCCCUCAUUCAAGACAUGGAGAAGGUCAUGACCACCCUUAGGCAGAUUGUGCGAGAUUGGUCUUCCUCAGGAGAAUACGAGAGAAGUCAGUGCUAUGGACCAAUUAUCUCACACAUUGAGCACCUGUUCCCUAGGGAAUCUGUGUGUACACAGGACAUCAACAUUUUAGUACCAGGAGCUGGCCUGGGCAGGCUUGCAUAUGAAUUGGCAAAAAGAGGUUACUCCUGCCAGGGAAAUGAGUUCAGUCUGUUUAUGCUCUUCGCUUCAAACUUCGUCUUAAACAAAGUGAGAGGGCUAAACAGUUUACGUGUUUAUCCCUGGGUACAUUCUGGCAGCAACACCCUAAACAACGUGGACCAGCUUCGUGCAGCAACAUUUCCAGAUGUAGAUCCUUCAGACAUACCACCACAAUCACAGUUUACUAUGGCUGCUGGAGAUUUUCUUGAAAUUUACACUGAUGAAGCCACCUGGGACUGUGUAGCAACUUGCUUCUUCAUUGACUGUGCCAACAAUAUUGUGGACUUUAUUGAGGCCAUAUUUAAGAUUCUUAAGCCAGGAGGCUACUGGGUGAACCUUGGACCUCUGCUGUACCAUUUUGCUGACCAGCCAGGAGAACGCUCUAUUGAACCCAGCUAUGAAGAAGUCAAAAACAUUCUAACUGGGGUUGGGUUUAAAAUUACUGUUGAAGAAACAGGGAUGCACACAGCUUACACCCAAAAUGUGCGCUCGAUGCUAAAGUAUGAAUAUGAUAGCAUCUUCUUUGUUGCCAUGAAACCUUAACACUGGCACUGAAACAACAGAUGAAACAGCUGUCAGUAAUCUUGACAUAUUUUCAAAGAUAAUAGGAUAAAUGCAUCUCAAUUUUUUCUCCACUUUUAAUAUAUAUUGACAUACACAUUAAUCCCGUUGAUAUAAAGAGGAUGGCAAGCAAACCUUUUUACCUUAGUGUGAUACAGGAAUUUUAUGUAAAUUUGCUAAGGCCUAGGUUUUAUAAAGAUAGCUUAGAUAAUCAAUUUCUGAUAAUGAUGAAGUAAAGAGAUAAUGAACUUUACUACACUUUUGUUGAGCCUUAUUCAGCUAGAAAUAGAUAAACUUGCAAAACAACCACUGGCAGCCAAUUUUGGGGAAAAAGGCAUAUUCUUGGGAUAAGAAUUGGGCUGUAGAGAAUUCAAAUCAAAGAAAGUACAAUACAAGAGAAAACAGUAUAUAAAAAAAAAAAAAGCAAAAGAUCACACUGGAAAUAGCAUUCCUAUCCAAGCACUUGGAAUACGUUGCAGUUUUAAAAAAUUGCAAUAUCAUAAGUCGAACUUUUUUUUUCUUUCUUUUUUUCUUUUUUUUCUUAUAUCUUUCAUUUUUGACUCCUCCAUAAUAUCCAUCCUCUGCUUUGAGGAAAAUACAUUCAUUCCUCUCUUAUGUAUCCAUCAAUACACUUCGAUCUGAAUACAUCACCCAGUGCAGAUAUUUAGCUUUCCUGGGCAUUUCCACUCAUCAAUUGCCUUUUCUGCUAAGUCAGAUUUGGAUCACUUAAUUUCAUCACUUUGGUGAAUUGUGUUCUUAAUGUUUUUUGUUAAUCCUGUUUGUGACUAUUGCACUGUAUCUCGUUAUUUUUCUGAGACUAAAUAUUUCUAUAUUUCUAUAAUUAAAGACAGAAAAUGUGAAGAACAGUUUGAUUGUAUUUUGGUUUGUUUAUUAAUAUUUUUUUUCCUGUACUUUAUUUUUCUGUGUGCAAUUUUGUUGUAGUGGAUUAUGACUAAAAGUGUAAGAGACAAAAAAGAGAACUGUUGCAUUAUUUUUGGUGUCCUGAGAAUUGAAAAAAAAAAAAAAACAUUUUCACAUAAAAAGAAAAGGUAAGAUAUAAAUACACUGCACAACACAACACAACAGAUUAUUUUGAGGAUCCAGGAAUCUGUCCCUUUUUAUUAGGUGAAAGGAAAUGUACAAAGUCUGGUCAGGGUUUAUCUUCAAAAUAUUUUCCUGGGUGCAGAAAUACAGGUAUAUACUUUGGAUAAUUCCCUCAAAAGAAUAAAGAAAAUGAAAAUAAA